AUGGCCGAAAAGAUCGAUCAAACCGUGACUAGGGAGGUCCUCCCAACAAUGAGCGAACUCGACCACGAGAAGACCGGCUACCUUGCCGAAGCCGUCCACGAGUCGACCGCCAUCGAGCAUGAACUCGGUACCUGGGAGGCCAUCAAGGUCUACAGACCUGCUGUGCUCUGGUCGCUCGGCUACUCUUGCUGCGUCAUCAUGGAGGGCUACGACACCAACCUCCUCUCCAACUUCUUCGCCUAUCCUUCUUUCCUGAUCAAAUAUGGUAACUGGGUUGGCAUCACCCCUCAACUCCUGUCGGGUACCAACGUAAGUCAUCAAAACCUCUGUUCUCGAGACUGCUUCUGA